AGGACUGGGAGAGGGGAAGCAACAAGAGGAGAGAGGGAGAAGAAAGAAGAAAUAAAGGAGAGCUUCACGGGAUCCUUGAGCAUUGACAUUUGAGUGGAGGGUCAUGUGUGUGAGUCCAAGGAUGUAGUGAGUGUGAUCGAAACCAAAAACAGAGCGAAAAAGUAGGGAAGUGUGCCUAGGAAAGUUGGGUUUGUAAAAGUGUGGGCGAAACAAAGAAGAGCAGUGAGAGGGGUGUAGUCCACAUGUGACUGCAGCGAGUUGGAGAAAGAGAGGUGUUUUUAAAGUGUGUGUGUGUGUAGAAAGGAAGGGGGGGCAGUCAGCAAAGAGCAUGCAGCGUGUAUCCUUCCCUCUGUCCCCGUAGCAGGCUGAACGAGAGCCAGGAAAAUGGGGAGGGCCUCCCUCUCCUCUCUCUGCAGCUGACAAAAACAGCUGCCCAGGAGUCCGGAGCUGGACAGAGCACGAGAGAGGACAGAAGGAGAGAAGAGAGAGAGAGGAGGAGGAAAAAGGUCCAGAGAACAGGACCCGUCCACCUAUAUGGGUUGCGUCCUGAGUUCGGACUGGUGUGGGGAAGAAGAGGUGCAACCGGUGGCGGUGGGCAGAAACUCGUCUCUGAAGAGAAGGAGUCUGGAGAGGAGAGAGAGUGGAAGGAUGAGGCUGACAAAGGGGGGGAAGGGAGAGCCCCACAUCUUCAAGGAAAAGAUCUUUAAGAAGAAGCGCCAGUGCAGCGUGUGCCGGCAGAACGUCGACAACGUUGGCUCCUUCUGCAGAGUAUGCAAGACAGCCAUCCACAGGAAGUGUGAGACCAAGGUGACCUCGGCAUGCAUCCCAGCUCCCGCCAAUGAUCUGCAGCGUCGAGGGACCCCUCCUUCUCGACACAUCCAGCACCUGGGGUCCACCAAGUCUCUGACCUACACCAAACAGAGAAACACCCUGCCAAGGAGCUUCAGCGUGGACCGUGUGAUGGAGAGAGUGAUGGAGCGCCACUACGACUUCGACCUGACCUACAUCACCGAGAGGAUCAUCUCCGUGUUCUUCCCCCCUAAGCUGGAGGAGCAGAGAUACCGCGUCAACCUGAAGGAGGUGGCUGCCAUGCUCAAGUCCAAACACCAGGACAAAUUUCUGCUCCUGAACCUCUCCGAGAGGCGCCACGAUAUCACCCGACUGAAUACGAAGGUUCACGACUUUGGCUGGCCCGACCUCCACGCCCCACCGCUGGAUAAGAUCUGUGCCAUAUGUAAGGCCAUGGAGACAUGGCUGACCUCUGACUCCCAGCACGUGGUGGUCCUUCACUGCAAGGGCAACAAAGGUAAAACAGGCGUGAUCAUCGCAGCCUACAUGCACUACAGCAAGAUCUCUGCAGGGGCGGACCAGGCUCUCAGUACUCUCGCCAUGAGGAAGUUCUGUGAAGAUAAGGUGUCCUCUUCCCUCCAGCCGUCCCAAAACAGGUAUAUCUAUUACUUCGGGGGCCUUCUGUCCGGGGCCAUCAAGAUGAACAGCAGCCCUCUCUUCCUCCACCAAGUUCUCAUCCCAUCACUCCCCAACUUCCAGGGGGAAAGAGGUUACUGCCCCUUCCUAAAGAUCUACCAGUCCAUGCAGUUGGUCUACACUUCAGGCAUAUAUGACCUUAAGGGCACUGGAGGCAGGCGGCUGUGUGUGACCAUCGAACCGGCGCUGCUGCUAAAGGGUGACAUCAUGGUCAAAUGCUACCACAGGCGAGCCCAGAGCGCCGACAGAGACACAGUGUUCAGGUUGCAGUUCCACACAUGCACCAUCCACGGAUCCCAGCUCUGGUUUGGCAAAGGGGAGUUGGACGACGCUUGUGCUGAUGAGCGUUUUCCGUCUGAUGCCACAGUUGAGUUUGUCUUCUCCUCUGGACCUGAGAAGAUCAAAGGCCGUGAGUACCAGAAGAACGACCCGGCCGUCACGGUCGACUACAACACUGCGGACCCAUUGGUUCGCUGGGAUUCCUAUGAGAACUUUAACCAGCGAUACCAGGACAGCCUGGAGGUUGAUAUUGCCCACACCAGAGGUCCUGUCGAUGGGAGUCUCUACGCUCAGAUAAAGAAGCGCAGAGGUCCCUCUGGUUCUCUCACCUCAACCAAUGGCAGCAGCCCAGCGGCAGGCCUUGAAGAAGAUAGGCCAGGUCGCCUCAUCGCUCAUGGUUCUGACUCCGGCCUCUCAGCCCAUUCCGUCCAUUUGAACCAAUCAUUUGUCCAUCCUGAGCGACAGGAGGAGCCCACUCGCCCACUGCCCCCAACCAGACAGGAGAGAGAGGAGCUUGAACGUCUUCUUGGAGGCAUAGAGGGGAACCGGGAUGGAGAGCGAGAGACCGCCAUCUUGGACGAUGGAGAUUCUUUGCCCUCUGAGAGAACUGGGACGCUGAGGCUUAGCCGGUCCUGUUCCUGCCGGGAUGGUUAUCGGUCCCAGCGUUGUGCCGAGCCUGGCUGUGACCGCACCCUUCUCAUGCCUAAUGGUUACUGCCUCGACCGUGCUCCUGGCACCAACGGGCAUCACGGGGCGACCCCUUCUGCCAGCCCCAACCCAGCUGCUCCUCCGUCACACAUGGAUCUGUGCCAACACUACAGCCCCCACUCCCACCAGUCCCUUCCACCUCCAGAUCUGGUGUGGGACCGCCAGGGUGGCCCGCCGCACUACCUACACCGCUCCUGCUCGGAAGCUCCCUCGUCUCGACACAUCUGCCCAUAUCCAUCACCAGACCUUACCCCUCACUCACACAACCACCCGCUCCACCACCCUCCGUCCGCCCUGGGUCGCCUCUGCUGUCGGGAAGAUGACUUCACUCCCUUUCACCCCCCUCCUCCACCUCACAGCCACCACCAUCCCCACCCGCACCACCCCAAACCCUCCAACAGCCCGACCUACCACGAUAUAAUGCUAAUGGAUGGUCUGCCACCCCCUGGUUGCCCUUGCAGAGAUUGCAGCAUCAGGAGAGAAGACUCUGUGGCCUAUCACAGCCUGAGGCUGGACCAUGGGGACAGCUUCCACUGGGAUAGAGAGGCGGAGCUUCAGCAGAGGGAGGUGGGGCUUAGGAGAGCCAGGGAGGGAGAGUUACCCAGAGGGUCAGAACUGCACUGGGAGAGGGAUCCAGGGCUGAGACGAGGCAGAGAGCUGUCCAUCCACUGGGAGAGAGACAGGGAGGCGGAGCUGCAGUGGGAGAGGGACAGAGAGGCUGAAUAUUGGCACAGAAGGGCCACCGUAGCCUCCUACGGCCCGCAGGGUCACGAUCUUCCAGCCUUCACGUUUGACCCCUUGCCAUCGGGUCACCCGGCUUAUCCAGAGGCGUCGAGGUCCCACGCUCAUUCUCACCUGGACCUGAAAUACAGCAGCAGCAGCAGCGGUUACCAAACGCCCCGCCAGGUGUGCCCCUGCUCGCCUUACCAGCCCUCGCCGUCUGAAAGCAGGGGCUACGCCUCGGGCUACCAAUCUGAGUCCACGUCCCCGCUGCCCCCGGCUUCCUCCAUGAUAGGGCCCUGCAGCCAUAGCAACGGGCCAGCAGAGCAUAACCAUAUCCCCCACCACCACCAUCCAGACUCACAGCAGUCAUAUGGCUCUGAGUCACACACUGAUGGCCUUCGGAGCUCUGGUGAAAGUGUGGGCUGGAGGGAUCACAUUACCCACGGUUCCUUUAAGAGGGUCCACAGAGACGGCCACGCCGCAUGCUCCACACCGUCCGACAUGUCUGGACCGUCCACUCCUGUCCACACAAGCAGCCCACUACGCACGCAGGAAAGCCCCAGUCCAGGAGGGAGAGGGUAUGACAUCCGGACUACAGACAUCAUCAACAGUGACUACGAGGCUCCCCGGCCCCAGGACGGACACUAUCGUGCGGAUAUUAUCCCCCAGGAAAGCCAAAGAAGCAGCACAGAGCAGCCAUCCCUGCAGCAGGCAGCCAAAGACACACAAACACACACAAACACACCUGUACAAACAGAACUCCACAACCACUGCACUGCACCACCAGACCUGUCUCCUACUGCUCCCCAACAGCAGCACUGUAACCCAAAUACACCAUCAGCUUCGACGACGCAGAACAAUUCUUUUGUUUCUGCAACGCCAACUACAUCAAACCAGGAAUUCUUCCAGGCUCCAUCAUCCCCUAUCCAUGCUUCGUCUACACCGGAUGCACACUCUCAACCUGGCCCCCUCACUCUCCAGACCCCCCAUCCUUCAGAAGCUGCUGCUCUGCCUUCCAUGGUAGCGCAGGCAGUUCCCCAGCCUCAGAGCCAGACCCAAACCCAAACCCCCGGAAUGACAAGUCAGACCCCAGCACAGGUCAUCAGAUCUUCUCCGACCAGGGAAUCUCACCCCGAACCUGCAAAACCCAUGAUCACCCCCAACACCAUGUCUGCCCCCGCAUCUCCCGCCCAGCCGACCUCCACUAGCACUGAGGGCUCCCCAGUCUCUGAUACCCCAGUUCCUGGCUUUGCCACUUUGGGCAGGAGGUUGAUGUUGAGUGGGUCCGACCAUCACCCUCUGAACCACAUCCAGCAGCACGGACCCCCCCACCACCACUACCCCAGCAUGGAGCACAGCGCUGCCGGACACACGUCUGCUCUGGACACUAACAAGAGGCCCUGCUACUCCACUCACACUCCUCAACUCUAUCCAUCCAACUACUCCAAUUAUUCCACCAUCUCUAUCCCGCUUCCUCACCCUCAACCGCCUCUGCCAGAGAAGCGCCACCCGCCCAUCCAGUCAGGUUCACCCAACGAUGGUGCGGGAACUAUGAGGCCAGCCGUGGGACACAUGCCUCCCUCCACUGCCAGCACCGCCCAGCAUCAGCUCCAUGUCACAUUCUCUCCCACCGUGGGGGAAAUUGCAGCCCCUGCAGGCAAAAGUGAUGGAGUGGAGUCCGUGGAGACUGAGAAUAGGGUCAGUGUGAAGUUUGUCCAGGACAGUUCAAGGUUCUGGUACAAGCCUGGCAUCUCCAGAGAACAAGCAAUCGCAGCUCUGAAGGAGAGAGAGCCAGGAACCUUCCUGAUCAGGGACAGCAACUCUUUCCAGGGGGCCUAUGGCCUGGCCCUAAAGGUGGCUACACCUCCUCCCAAUGUCAACAACCACAACAGCAAGGUGAGCGACCCUCUGGAACAGCUGGUCAGACACUUCCUAAUAGAAACGGGCCCUCGAGGAGUCAAGAUUAAAGGAUGUCAGAAUGAGCCCUACUUUGGGAGUCUGUCUGCAUUAGUCUACCAACACUCCAUCACACCCAUCUCUUUGCCCUGCGCUCUCAAGAUCCCAGAAAAAGAUCUGAUAGGAGAGGUGCUGGAGGUUCAACCAGUGAAUAAUAACAUCAGCACGGCGGCUGACCUGCUGAAACAAGGAGCAGCCUGUAAUGUAAUCUACCUGAACUCCGUGGAAACAGAAUCUCUAACCGGCCCUCAGGCAAUCGCAAAGGCAACAGAUGCCUUCUUGGGUCGUAACCCGCGUCCCGCUGCCACCGUGGUCCAGUUCAAGGUGACAUCGCAGGGCAUCACGCUGACAGACAGCCAGCGCAGGGUUUUCUUCAGGAGACAUUACCCAGUGAACAGCGUAACCUUCAGCAGCAUCGACCCUAAGGACAGGAGGUGGACUAAUUCAGACAACACCGCUGUUAAGGUGUUUGGUUUCGUAGCCAAGAAGCCGGGCAGCUUGGCAGAGAACGUGUGUCACCUGUUUGCCGAGUUGGACCCCGAACAACCUGCUUCUGCCAUCGUCAACUUUAUCAACAAGGUCAUGUUGUCACAGCGGCGAUAGAGGGAGGCAAAGACAGGAAACCAAACUCGAAUGCUAUCGUUAUUCAUCAGUUGGUAUAAAAACAUCUCGAAGGCAGUUGGAAAUGUUAGUUCAUUAUAAAUCUGCCCCUGAACUGUCCCCCUUUUCCUAAAGGGUUGUUGACAAUAUAACACUACAUUUCAAUUUUUCUAAUAUAGUUCAUUAUUGUUGGAUGGAAAUAAAGAAAAACAAUGUUCAAACAAAGCCAUGAUAUAUAGUGUUACAACUCCUCUAAGGAGAGGGAGGCUGCAGAGGAAACUUCCACCAUCAACAGUGGAUUUACAAAAACCAACAGAAAAUACUUCUACAUGUACCAGGGGUCUGACCGGUGGGUUAUUCACAUGUCUUUGGGCAUAACUCUCAUAUCAUGAAGCUGGCUCACCAUGGUAACCUGCUCCACAGUUCAGAGAAUCAUUCCUCCUGGGUCCUGACAAAAAGUGCUGAGUUUACAAUAAAGUGGCAUGUAAUAAAUACCAAGAGACAGUCGCUUUACUUUUUGCAAUGUUUAAGUAUUACUUAUUCAUAAUACAUCAUGAGACAAAAAAGAACAGACAUUUAUAUAUGGAAAACUAAUAAUUGAUCUUUUUAUUUUCCAUACUCGUGCUAGACAGCGGAACAGGUCCAUUCAACAAUUACCACACUAGUAAAAAUCUAACUUUUAAUCUUUGGACAUACUACGUGUGAGUACAGUUUAUUGGUCAGUGGUGGAAGUCCAUUUAAUUUUAAAUCAGAUUAAAAGCCCAAAAACACUUUUUCUCAGUGGGAUCGUUCAUGAACUUAAAAGUUUGGGGUGUUUCACAUAAGAGAUUUUAGUAUUUGUGAUUUUUCUCACCAAUCCGAAAGGAGCGGGACUUGGUAAUGUCACAUGGUUCUAUCAGGAUUUAGCAACAUUUGAAGCAGAAUCAGUCGGCUCGUGGAUUAUUUGGUUGCUGGUUAUUAAAUCUGACCGAACUACACCCAGAGAAUACCUUUUUUUUGUUUACUUUGAUUGUUGCUUUAGUCUUGAAUAUUUAAUGUUACUCAGAAAUACUCAUGAAUUUCUGGUUGUUUCAGCUUCAUGAUACCAGUUAUCCAGAGAACUCGUUGUGAGACAGGCCCCUUUUUUUUUUUUUAAAUGAGUCUUUUCCCAUCAGUGUCAGACUAGUGUCCAGUGCAGCAGAACACACAGAGCAGACGGUGUGGAGCGCUUACAGAGAGCACAUUUCCUUUGCACUGUUUCAGGGCAACAGAGCCCCAUAAUGUUCGACACUUAGACAUAAUAACUGCCUUUAAAAACAGCAGGUGUUUAUAUUUUGUUACAAAAGCUACCAAAGCCUUGAGGAUGUAAUGUAGUUUAGUUAGAUGUAUGUAGCAUAUUUACAGCCACUCUUGCCUUCAAACCCAACAACAGCACCUUUAUAAGUGGAACACAUUUAAUCAUAAUCGACAAUCAUGUUUUUUUUACUCACGUACACUUAAUAAAUCGAAGCGAGCGAGAGACGUAACUCUGAUGAAAGUAAAUAUGAAUGUGAGGUUUUUAACUUUUAACUAGCGUGUGUGCGAGGGAGCGGUACGCGUGUGUGUCGAGGGUAUUUCGGUAAAUAUGUCGGGUAAGGUUGUUGUUGAUGUCCAGUUUUAAAGAAUUGUAUGUGAAAUGGGGGGAAAGCUUUACGGGGAAGGACGUACGGUGUUUGGCGUUUAUUCACUGCUUGACCAAAUUCAUAAUAAAACAUAUUCACACAUAUAUUAAGUUAACAAAGAGAAGGCCGGUAAACACACACACAGCAAGGCAGUGGCCGAAAGACAGACGUACUUAACCAAAGACAAAGCACUCUUGUAUUAAUAAGCUUUUUAAUCUAGCUAUAUUUUUGUACUUAUUGCUUCUUGCGUUUUUACUAUACAUGUAUUUAGUGUGUUGCCUUGUUUGGUAAAAACCUAGAUAAACACUACUUGUAUUACAGCGAUAAUAUAUUGCGGUCUGUUUUCUUGUUGAUCUCUAUAUUAUGUAGUAAUAUAUUUUCACAGGAAGCUAUAGGACAGUGUAUGAGAUAUAAAAAGAAAACAUGUUUGUUUAUAAAGGACAUUAUGCUAUUUUGUAUGGAAAAAAAUGAAGAAUAGAAUUAAACUGAAAUGAUGUGGUACCUAAA